CCCAGAGGAAGCCACCGGUGCCCCGGCGGGCAUGAAAGGGCUCUUUGACGGCUGGGUUGCCGGGACAGUAGCACAGACGGCCGGCCAGCCCUGGCCAAGAUGGCAGCCCCCGCCCUGCUGCUCCUGGCACUGCUGCUGCCCGUGGGGGCCUGGCCCGGGCUGCCCAGGAGGCCCUGUGUGCACUGCUGCCGCCCGGCCUGGCCCCCUGGACCCUAUGCCCGGGUGAGUGACGGGGACCCGUGGAGGGGGGACCUGUGGAGGGGGCUGCCUCGAGUACGGCCCACCAUAGACAUCGAAAUCCUCAAAGGUGAGAAGGGCGAGGCCGGCGUCCGAGGUCGUACCGGCAGGAGCGGGAAGGAGGGGCCGCCGGGAGCCCGGGGCCUGCAGGGCCGCAAAGGCCAGAAGGGGCAGGUAGGGCCGCCGGGCGCCCCGUGCCAACGUGCCUACGCGGCCUUCUCCGUGGGCCGCCGCGAGGGCCUGCACAGCUCCGACCGCUUCCAGGCGGUGCCGUUCGACACGGAGCUGGUGAACCUGGACGGCGCCUUCGACCUGGCCGCGGGCCGCUUCCUCUGCACGGUGCCCGGCGUCUACUUCCUCAGCCUCAACGUGCACACCUGGAACUACAAGGAGACCUUCCUGCACAUCAUGCUGAACCGGCGGCCGGCGGCCGUGCUCUACGUGCAGCCCAGCGAGCGCAGCGUCAUGCAGGCCCAGAGCCUGAUGCUGCCGCUGGCCGCGGACGACGCCGUCUGGGUGCGCAUGUUCCAGCGCGACCAGGACAACGCCAUCUACGGCGAGCACGGAGACCUCUACAUCACCUUCAGCGGCCACCUGGUCAAGCCGGCCGCCGAGCUGUAGCCGGGUGAGGGGCCCCGGGGCUGAGCACCGCACGCGUGUGAGUG